AUGUCUACCAGAUCACAGCUCACUAAGGAUCUAAAUGAGAGUAUAAAGUCUUCUGUUGGCAAUAAAGUAAAAAUUCUAUUCAAAAAUGUGGUUCGAUUGGAAACCAAAGGAGACAAGACUGAAAACAGAGUUCUGGUAUUUUCACCAUGCCGGAUACUUUUACUCACGGCAAAAGUGCCAACAAAGAUCGACACUCACUUCCAUUACUUGGAAAUCCAAGCCUUGGAGAGCAAAAGGGGCAAUCAGUUAAGCCUUACAGUGAACGAUAAAGUCUACUCCUUUCUAGUAGGAGAAGAUUCAAAAUGUAGUACGGAAGUAGACAACAUGAUUGGAGCUCUGAACAACGCCAUUAGGAAUAUUUUUCCUACAGUUCCUCUUCAGCAUAUUAUCAGAAAGAUUGAAGUGAUUCCCAACACGAGGCUGCAACAGUUGAGAGACUUGGAAGCCAUAGCGAGCAGUAGACGCGAAGUGGGGCCCUGCGGGGGCUUCUCUAACCAAUAUGCUUGCAUGUGCGACUUUCACGGCAUGACUUAUAGAGAAGAAGUGGCCUGGGAUAUAGAUAAUAUUUACGUUUCGCUAAAUACUAGGGAACUUAGCCUUAAGGAUUUUGAAUAUCUUGAUCAAAAGGAUCUUAUUCCAAUAAUAAGUGCUCUGGAAUACAACACGUGGUUCACGAAGUUAAGAGCCAACCAAGUCAAACUAUCCCAUGACAAUAUUGAUAGGAUAUUACACGUUCUUCGAAAAUCGUUAAAUUUAGAAGAAUUAUAUCUUGAUAACUUAGGUUUAAAAGCUGAUUUCGUCAAUAAAUUAUCCAGCGUUCUGAAAUUAAAUCUCGGAACUGCUCUACAUACCAUAGAUAUAUCAUAUAACCCCAUAGAAGAUAAAGGUGCUAGUUAUUUGGGAAACUGCAUUCCCAAGCUCAACAAAGGUCUAGUCCACUUGAACCUAUGUCAUUGCAGUUUGAGCUCAAAGGGUAUCAACAAUUUGUUUUCUGCUCUUUGUAACAAUUCGAGCUCCUUAACCACGCUCACGUAUCUCAAUUUAAGCGGGAAUAGCUUGAAAGACGACAUUAGCAAUUUUCAUAAUUUCCUGUCUCAACCCAACGCUCUUCAAUACAUAGAUAUCUCUUCAACUGACAUAAUUCUAGAAAACCUUUUCGGUGCUUUAGUAAAGGGCUGUACGACAAAUCUAGUUCACUUAAACGUUUGCAAAAACCCCUACAGUAGCAAAAAGAACAAAGAGGCUCCCAUAUCCUUCAAGCAAUUCUUUAGCACUACGCUUAACCUCAAACAUCUCAACAUGUCGCACUGUAAAUUACCACAAGAGGCACUGAAGAAUUUAUUAUUAGGUUUGGCAUGUAAUGAGUUUACCAAAGAAAUGACUUUAGAUAUUAGUAAUUGUGGACUCGGUAGUCAAGGAGCACACGUGUUGGAGUCCUGUGUGCAUGGUGUUAGGUGUAUUUCUAGUCUUGAUAUAUCUGAAAACAAUAUGGAUUCAGAUUUGUGCAAUGUUGUGAUAGCAAUAAGUAAAAAUAAGUCGCUAAAACACUUGAAUAUGUCGCGUACGAUGAAGAAACACAUGUCUCUAAUCAUGGAUUCGGUAGUUCAAAUAAUCCAAGACGAUGAAUGCCUGCUUCAAUCCCUGAUGAUACCCGAUUGCAGGCUGAGAUCGGAUCUUUUUAAUCUUUUGAACGCUCUGGGAGAUAACAAAAGUCUGGAAAUGCUGGACAUUAGCGGGAAUUUGAUUGGAGAUUCGGGAGCGAGAUUGUUGGCUAAAGCGUUGCAGAUCAAUAAUAAGUUGAAGACUAUCGUUUUUGAUAGAAAUAACGUGACUUUACAGGGCUACCAUGACAUAGCUUAUGCCUUGGAAAGCAAUACUACCGUUCAGUACAUGCCUUUCCCUAUAUUUGACAUCACACCUUGUAUGAAAGCUAAUGCAGAAAGAACGGAAUUCAUUAUGAGGAAGAUCCAAGAUUUGCUCAAUAGAAACGUGUCUCAAAAUCAGCAAAGUCUCAAAACGUUCCCGGUACAACCAGGAUUUUUAUUGACCUCCAAACAACAGGCCCUCGACAGACUAGUCCUACAGACCCAAGAGGCCAUCAAGAAUCUAGCAUCCGAAUCCAUAGCCUCUAAUAAUGACAUAAACCACGCCACAGGUGUCAUACAAGAUGCGGAGAAUGCCAGGCAGUUGCUGGUCAGGCUGCAAGAGGUCGCCCAGCAUAGAGAUGAUAAACAUCCUAAUCCCGUCGAGGAAAAACUGCAGCAAGCCGCCAGCGAUAUUCACGCCAGCAUUUGCGAUUACGUCCAAGCAACUACUGACAAAAUGUUGAAGUGUUGCAAAGAACAGUGUCCAUAUGUUUUGCAUGAUGAAGAUACCAUUCAAGAAAUCAAACGGGAAUGCAAAAGAAAAAAACAAAUUCCUUUCGAUUUUGUCACCACUUGUGUUAAACAGCAAGCAGGCGUGGACAUCAUGAAUAGAACUAGGGAAUUAAAUAUAAUGGUAGCGAAUCAGUUGUCUGAACAAGUCACAGAUGAGGUAUACGAGGCGUUGAUGCGAAGCUACAAGAUAUUAGUUGGCGAUGCUAGUGCAAUAAGAAUUGACUCUCCUCCAAGGAGAUCUAGGUUAAGUAGUUCAGACAGUUCCAGACAUGGCGCUAGUGAUAUUUCCAUAACGGAUAGCAGCCAUCAGUCGGAUUUAUCUCCUUUGGCGACACCUCACUUAUCAAUAAAACGCAAAAGCCUACACGGACGAAAAUUACGGCCUAAAUCCGUGGUGGACAGCGUCGAAGGUAUAUCGGCGGACGAUAUACCCAGCCUGUUACCAUCUCUACCCGGUAAUUCGGAAGAAGAGGAUUCUGUAACCGAAUUACCAAAUACCAGCCACCAAUUACAGCACCUAGUCAAAGGUAUUUUUCUUAACAAAGGUCGACCGAGAAGAGCAAAAACUAGGGCGCCUACAAGGCCGGUGGUCAAUCCGCCCGAUACCAUGGACUCUGUGUCGCAAGACUUAGUCGAAGGCUUGGAUUCUUUCUUCCGUCCAGGUUCGGUAACCCCUACGUCCGAUGACUGCCAUUCAUUUCACACUGCCGGUAGCCCGAAUCAUGAUUUUUCAUCGCCGACCUUGAGUGAGGAUCGUAAAACGCCUAAACUAAGUCGAAAUUCGCCAUUAUUAAGAGGUUUAAUGACGCCGACGCCUAGAUCUCGUUCGUCGGAUAAUCUGGAAAAGUUUUCACCGUCUUCCUUGAGAAAAGCCAACGAUUCCGCGUCGCCGUUGACGAGGAGAUUGACAGGUGACAGCAUCGUUUCGAGAGACAGCAGCGACGGAAGUAUAGCGACCGAGUGCAGUUUCGAUCAGUCUCCGGGCAGUACGCUGUCCAAGGGAGUGUCUUCUGACAUUUCUAAAGACGAAUCAGAGGGCGUCAAAUCGCAGCUGAAACAACUGAAGAGUUGUCCGACCAUAGCUCCGAAGCCACGACCGUGGUCCAUGGUCAAUUCGGAGGGUAAGUCGGGCGAUUUGGGGCUGUUGAGCGACGGUUCGUCGCCCAAUAAUUCGACGGGUAACACGCCCGAUUCCGCCGAGGCACUGGACAGCUCGGAAUCAUCGUCGAUAGAUCGACGAUUGACUAAGGAGAUGAAAUUAAAGCGGACCGGUAUUUUGCAGAACUAUUUUCCAGAUCGUGGCGAUUUCAACUUUCUAGCACGCUAUAAGGAGAAAACAACGUCUAACAAGAUGGCGCCCGUGAACGUGGUAGGAUCCAGGCGGGAUAACAAUUAUAACUGUAGAGAAGCGGAGGAUGCACACAUAGGUAGAUAG